AUGGCGAAGGGCGGCGGCUUCUACGCCGUGGCGGCGGGCCGCUCGACGGGGGUCUUCACGACGUGGGCGGAGUGCGAGGCGCAGGUAAAGGGCUUCAACGGGUCCAGGUACAAGAAGUUCAAGACGAAUACCGAGGCGCGCGCCUUCAUCGACGACUACAACAAGCAACAUGGCUUCACUCCCUCCUCCUCCGAGCUGUCACCACCAGCUGCGAACCCAAAACGACCCAGAGAGGAUGCUGUUGUAGUGGGGCAGCCUCCCGCUCAGAAACUUAAACAAGACCAACCAGGAACCUAUUACGCCGUCGCUAAAGGUGGUUGGUGGUAUGCAGUGGCUAAGGGGCGGAAGACGGGUGUGUUCCGCACGUGGGCUGAAGCCAAGAAGCAGGUCGAGAACUUGUUCAGUGCCAGCUUCAAGAAGUUCCCGACCAAGGAGCAGGCGGAGGCGUUCGUGAACCAGCACGCUGCAGCUACCAAGGGUCAGUCGGGAGACCCGGACCCGAAAGACCCCAGCAGCUUGGUGGCUUUCUGUGAUGGGAGCGCUCUGGAGAAUGGACGCAGGGGCUGUCGGGCAGGUUACGCGUGUAUUUUCCCUCAUAACGAGAGCUGGAAUGUAGCCAAGCAGCUCGUGGAAGAUCGAGUAACGAACAAUCGGGCGGAGUACAUGGCUGCACUUGAAGCCAUGAAGCGUGCGAACAUCGAGGACCCCGAGGCAUCGCGCGUGCUCUUCAUCUUCUCGGAUAGUAUGCUGCUGAUCCGAUCCAUGACGGAGUGGGUCGGGACCUGGCAGAAGAACAACUGGAAGAAGUCGGACGGCGCGUCAGUGCAGAAUCGCGACCUACUGGAGCUGUUGAUGGCGGAGAAGGGCAAGCGUCGAGUACGCUGGACCCACGUCAAGGCGCACACCGGCAAGAAGGACUGGAGGUCGAAGUGGAACGAUGUUGCAGACAAUGCUGCUCGUGGUGCAGCGUUGACCGUUGGUGCUGAGAAUUGA